GAAGGAGAGAGAGAGAGAGAGAGAGAGAGAGAGAUCCUUGUUCAAUACUUGUUACAUUUUCACUUCUCUCUUUCUCUUCCUACACCCCCACCAGCACCAUAUAUAUUACCUCUGAACCCCAUCUCUCUUUUCUUUGAAAUGGCAUCUUCUUCUGGGAGUUUAGACACCUCCGCUAACUCCUACCCCAAACUACCACCUAUAACACCCACUUCCAACUUCUCUUUCUCUAACCCAUUCAUGUCCUCCACUGCCACCGUCAAUCGCGGUCUCUCCGAUCGAAUUGCUGAUCGAAAUGGGUCUGGUGUCCCCAAAUUCAAGUCAAUUCCACCGCCUUCUCUCCCCAUCUCUCCCCCUGCUUUCUCUCCUUCUUCCUACUUCGCCAUCCCUCCUGGCUUGAGCCUCGCCGAGCUCUUGGACUCCCCAGUUCUCCUCUCCACUUCCAACAUUCUACCAUCUCCAACUACUGGAACUUUCCCAGCUCAGGGCUUCAACUGGAAGAGCAAUUCCAACAACCACCAACAGAGUAUCAAGCAAGAACAAAAGAACUACUACGAUUUCUCUUUCCAGACCCAAACAAGGCCUCCAACAUCAUCCACUACAAGUUUUCAGUCUCAAAUUCCAGCUGAAAACCAGUCAUGGGCUUUCCCAGAACCCGCCACCAAAUCCGAAAUCGCUUCGAUGCAGAGCUUUUCCCCUGAGAUUUCCACAAUUCAAAGCAAUUCUCAAACCAACCCUGGGUUUCAAUCCGAGUAUAAUCAAUAUAACCAAUCAUCAUCGGUGAGAGAGCAGAGAAGAUCAGAAGAUGGAUACAAUUGGCGAAAAUAUGGGCAGAAACAAGUGAAAGGGAGCGAAAACCCGCGAAGCUAUUACAAGUGCACAUUCCCUAAUUGCCCAACAAAGAAGAAAGUUGAGAGGUCUAUAGAAGGGCAAAUCACUGAGAUCGUCUAUAAGGGUAGUCAUAAUCAUCCAAAGCCUCAAUCUACUAGGAGAUCAUCAUCAUCAGCUUCUUCUCAAGUAAUUCAACACUACAAUCCCGAAAUCCCAGAUCAGUCCUAUGCUUCACAUGGCUCUGGGCAAUUGGAUUCGGUUGCGACGCCAGAGAAUUCUUCAAUAUCCAUCGGAGAUGAUGAGAUUGAUCGAAGCUCUCAGAGGAGUAGAUCAGGAGGAGAUGAGAUUGAUGAAGAUGAACGUGAUCCCAAAAGAUGGAAAAUAGGGGCAGAAAGUGAGGGCAUAUCGGCCCCGGGCAAUAGGACGGUGAGAGAACCUAGAGUUGUAGUUCAAACAACAAGUGAUAUUGAUAUUCUUGAUGAUGGAUAUAGGUGGAGGAAAUAUGGACAGAAGGUGGUUAAGGGAAACCCUAAUCCAAGGAGCUACUACAAGUGCACAUUUCCAGGAUGCCCGGUGAGAAAACACGUUGAGCGAGCUUCCAACGACCUAAGAGCGGUGAUUACAACCUACGAAGGCAAGCACAACCACGACGUUCCCGCAGCACGUGGCAGCGGUGGCCACUCGGCGAACCGACCUCUGCCGAACACCACCACCAACAAUGCAACCGCAGCCAUUAGGCCUUCGGCAAUGUCCCACCACUAUUCAUCCACCAAUCCAAUUCGCAAUUCGAGGCUCCAAGCAUCUGAAGGCCAAGCACCCUUCACACUAGAGAUGUUGCAGAGUCCCGGGAGCUUUGGAUUCCCAGGAUUUGGGAACUCAUUGGGCUCUUACAUGAAUCAGCCCCAACUCGGAGACAAUUUGUUCUCUUCGAGAACCAAGGAAGAACCUAGGGAUGACAUGUUCUUUGAGUCAUUGCAAUACUAAAUUUUGCAAUAGUUUUUUGAAGAUUGAUUUACUAUAAAGGGAUUAAGGUUUCAAUACAAUAAAAAGCAAGGUUAAGAAGGUCAGAUUUAUUUGUUUAUUUGUCAUUUUGUUAGUUUUUUUGGUGUAUAUUUUUACAGGGAUUUGGUUUUGUACAUUCAAAGGAAUUAUAUGGUUGUAGAAGCGCCAUGACUUUUUGUUUGUUUUUUUUUUGUCCCAAUUGUUUUGAGGCCAUCAUUCGUAGCCUCAAUUCAUUUUUGGCAACCACACUAUUGAAUUUUUUUUAUUUUCCUUUUGGAUGUAUCAAAAAAGUAUUUAGUGAUUUUUAUAGCUAAAA